UCUCCAUAGUAUCUCCAUUGUGUGCAAUUACACUUAUUUAGAAUAAAAACAAAACCACAUGUGUCACCCACACCUGCCGUCUUUCAAAGCGUCGAGUCGUUUUAACCCUUGUCGCUCUCGCCAUGAACGACGACAAUGUUAUGCCAAGUUUACAUUCAGAUUCAUUCCACGAUAAUCUGGUGUCUGCUCCUGAUGGACUUUGCUGGAUGUCAGUUCUCUGCUGUUUGCUGCUUGCGUGCUCCUAUGUCGGAAGUUUAUACGUCUGGAAAAGCAGUUUACCAAGGGAUCAUCCUGCAGUGAUAAAGAGGCGCUUCACUAGCGUGCUUAUUGUGUCGGCUUUGUCUCCAGUAUUUGUGUGGGUAUGGAAGGAUUUCACAGGCAUCCAGCCUCGUCCCUCAUUAUUGGGCCUUAUGGGGAUCCGUUUGGAGGGACUAUUGCCUGCUAUCAUACUACCCUUGCUGCUGACCAUGGUGCUGUUUCUUGGUCCUUUGAUCCAGCUAGCUAUGGAUUGUCCCUGGGGUUUCAUUGAUGGGAUGAAAGUUGUUGUUGACCCAUGUUUCUGGGCAAUCUGUCUGAGUGACAUGCGUUGGCUGAGGAACCAGGUAGUUGCACCAUUAACAGAAGAGCUGGUUUUUCGGGCAUGCAUGCUACCCAUGCUUGUGCCCUGUGCAGGCCCUUCCACUGCCAUCUUCACAUGCCCACUCUUCUUUGGUGUUGCUCAUUUUCACCAUGUAAUUGAGCUACUGCGGUUCAGACAGGGCACGGUCUCAGGCAUUUUCCUCUCUGCAGUUUUCCAGUUCUCCUACACAGCAGUAUUUGGAGCCUAUACAGCCUUUAUAUUCAUCAGAACAGGUCAUCUGGUGGGUCCUGUACUGUGCCACUCCUUCUGUAAUUACAUGGGUUUCCCAGCUGUCAGCACAGCCCUGGAUCACCCGCAUCACCUCACCAUUCUCUCCUUCUAUGCUUUGGGAGUCAUUCUCUUCCUGCUCCUCCUCUUUCCCAUGACAGACCCACUCUUCUAUGGUUUGCCCACACCCGUGUGCACCCUGACAUCCACAGCUGGCUCCAUUUGCUCUUGAUCCUUCUCCAUCCUUCAUGCAUCCAUUCCUUGUCUCCUGUUGCGUCACGGGACUACAGCCAUUUGGAAAGGUGUGCCUGGUUUUCUUCAGGCUCUGCAACUGGUUUGACAGGUGAGCAAGGGAUUGCUGGAGAACAGAUAUGAAAAUUCUCAGCCUCCGUGAGGUUAGUGGAAGGACUCGUUGGAUGCAAAACAUCCUCAGGUUGCACUGGCUGCUCGUUUUCCAUUCUGCAUGAUGAAAGCAACGUUUAGUGUUAUCAAGUGACAUCCACUAUGAGCCAGGCCUACAUUUCAUGAAGCCCAGGUUGAUUAUACAUGUUUGCAUGUUUAUAUGACAAUAUUUCUUUGUGUUUAAUUUGAAAUUGGUGCUGGGGGAUAAGACAAUUAUUACGGGUUUACAGGGAAGAUUUGUACGCUGAAAUGUGUAUUUCUAAAAAUGCAUGACUCCAUUUUUUAGAUUUUUACUCACAUGUUUGGUCUGGUGCCCUUGAAGACAUUCAUGAUUACAUUCAACAUCAUGAAAACUUUCAAUGUUACUGACAUUUUUUACUUUACCUUUGAACUGUUCAUCUUAUUAUCAAUUUACUCAGUUCAGUAGUCUUAACUAUAGAUUCAAUAUGUGUCCAAUCUUUAGCUAUGCCAUUGGAGUUAAAGAGGUAUUAGGAAAAAAAAAAAAAUAGUCGUGUAUUAAUCUUAAAUUAAAGAUUUGUCCUUUUCAAACAGCUUUUUGUGUAAGUUUAGAUUCAGUUAAUUGGCCUCAUGUGCAACAGUUUAUUUUAGUUAAUUGCAAAUUUUAAGGCCUUUUUUUAAAACCCUUAGUGACUCCUCCUGUUUUGGCCAUUUAUUAUUUAAAAAUCAGCUAAUACCAAUUACUGUUGAUGUAGCAGCAAUUUUUACAAUUUCAGGAUAUUCAGUGCUGGAUUUGACCAGUAGUUCAUAUUUAAAGGAAUAGUUCACCCAAAAAUAAUAAUUCUCUCAUCAUUUACUCACCCUCAUGCCAUCUGAGAUGUCUAUGACAUUCUUUCUUCUGCUAAACACAAACAAA